UGGCUACACAGGCUGGAUUGAAAGAUUUUCUAUUUUGUACAUACAUUGUUUUGUAUAUACUGUAUAUGAUGACUUCGGUGGGCAGUGAACGUACCCGGGGCACUCGGGACAAAACGCAAAUUUCAACCACACAGCCAACACAACCACAGAAACAAGUAGUACAGGCAACAGCAGAACAGAUUCGCCUUGCUCAGAUGAUCUACGAUAAGAACGACGCAGAUUUUGAAGAUAAAGUGAAACAACUUAUGGAAGUGACGGGGAAAAACCAGGAUGAGUGCAUAGUGGCACUACAUGAUUGUAAUGGGGACGUGAACAGAGCAAUCAACAUACUGCUGGAAGGAAGUUCAGACACGACUUCUUGGGAGACUGUAGGGGGAAAGAAGAAAAGCCUUGGGAAGGAAAGUUCAGAAAACAAAGAGAACAGAGAAAAAAGAGUGGACAGAGAAGUGAGUCGUGGACGAGGAAGUUCCAACAGACGGGGAAGAGGAGGCAGCCGUGGCCGAGAGUUUAGAGCUGAAGAGAAUGGAGUGGACAACAAUCAAGGAGACAGGCCUUCGGACCGUGGGAAACGUGGCCGUGGGAGAGGGUUUGGACGUGGCAGAGGGAGAGGAGCGGGGAGGUUUUCAGCCCAAGGCAUGGGGACAUUUAACCCUGCAGACUAUAUGGAGUCUUCUGCCACUCAUGGCUUUGGGACAAAAUCAGAGAUUUGGGAGACUGGUCAGAAUGAUGCAGAUGAUGGAACUGAGCCAACACAGAAUGGAUAUUACCUUGCUCAGGACCUGCCAAAUAAUUUUGGAUUCCAAGGAGCAUGGAAAAACUCAAUAGAAGAAUGGACAGCAGAAGACUGGAAUGAAGAUCUUUCUGAAACAAAAGUCUUCACUGCUUCCUCUGUUCCAGCUGAGAAUCACGUGACUCCUGGGCAAAGCAUUGAUCUGGUAACACUGCUUCAAAAGCCUGUGACUUCCACCCAAGAGACAGAAGGCAACUCAUUUGAGCCUCCCCAGCAGCAGACCUUUGGCCAAGCCCUAGUCUUCACAAAUUCUCAGCACAGCACCCAGAUGGCAUCAGGAACCUGCAGCUCCAGUGCUGUAAAUUCUUAUUCUCCUCAAAGUCUGUCUGCAGUUCUUUGUUCUGGCUUUGGAGAACUUGGAUCCUCUAAACUGGCAAACUCUACUGGAUCCCAAAUCUUGGACCAGUUGAAAUCUCCAGGAUUGGGUCAGUUUACCUGUCAACAAAACAAUAGUAGCUCUGCCACCACUACUACAGCUAACACAUCAUCCUGGGAUCUAAAACCACCCAUCACUCAGUCCUCAGUCCUUAGUCAGUUUGACUUUAAAUCCCAGCCUGAACCAUCCCCAGUUCUGAGCCAGCUGACCCAGCGACAGCAACAACAAACGCAGGCAGUUCCUGUUCCUCCUCCUGGGCUGGAGUCGUUCUCCUCCCAGAUAAAACUCCGAGAGCCAUCUCCAGUAGACACCUCUACAGCUGUUAGCAAAAUGUUACAGCUCCCCACUAUAUCUAUGGAUAACCAGGCAGUGACUGCCCAUCAAACCCAGCAGAAACAGAUAAAACCACCAAAACGGAGGAUAACUCCAGCAUCCAAGAUUCCUGCCUCUGCAGUGGAGAUGCCUGGAUCAGCAGAUGUGACAGGGUUAAAUGUUCAGUUUGGAGCUCUGGAGUUUGGAUCAGAGCCUGCACUCCCAGAGUUUGGAUCAACUUCAAGCAGUGAGAAUACCAGCCAGGCGAACAACAAUAGCUUGUACUCAAAAUCUGUAAAGUAUGUUGAUCCUUUGAAUACCUCUUUGCCAAUACCCAAUACAGUACAGGAGUCCACCUACACAACCUCUGCCAUCACCUCUUCCAGUCUGACCUGCUCAUCCCAGAGCACUAGCCCAGUAACAACAACUUCCUCCUAUGACCAGACUUCUGUGCAUAGUAGGAUAGCGUACCAAAGCUCCAUGGCUCCAUCUGAAUCAACCCCUGUUGCAGUUACGAAUGGGCACAGUGGAGUUAGAACACAGGCAACUCUUGACACUAUUUCAUCAGUUCCAGCGCCUAAGGCAGAGCCUUCUCCCUCACUACCUUCUGCUGGUUCUCUGCCUAGUGUGGUAUCCACCGCUGCUUCGCUUCUGCCUUCAGCAACGCAGCACGUGGCAACGUUGCCCAGCUUGCCUCAGUCCAGUGAUUUGGCCAGCAGCUCACUUUCCCAGUUAAGCAGCUCCCUUUCUAGUCAUCAGAGCAGCCUCUCCCCUGCCUCAGUGUUGUCUUCAAGCACAUCACAUGCACACACUAGUGUUGAGAACACAACUUCGCUCCAGCCCUCAACAACCUUUUCAACUGCUUCAACCUCAGCCACUAGCACCACCUCUUCAGUUGUCAGCAUGGCAAGCAGUAUGAACACUACAAACAGCCUUGGCCUGAGCGUUACCAGUGUGUCUAUACCAGCUGCUACCACACGGGCAGCUCCCUUAGUGUCUUCAGGCAAAGCUCCCCCAAACCUGCCCCAAGGUGUACCGCCCUUGUUGCAUAACCAGUAUAUUGUGGGACCUGGAGGACUUCUGCCUGCCUACCCACAGAUUUAUGGUUAUGAUGAUCUCCAGAUGCUUCAAUCCAGGCUGCCAAUGGAUUAUUACGGAAUUACAUUCCCUGCUCCUGCAACUUUGACAGGCAGAGAUGGGAGCCUUGCUAACAACCCAUACUCAGCAGGUGACGUUACAAAAUUUGGCCGCGGGGAUUCUGCCUCCCCUGCUCCUGCUACCACGCUUGCCCAGCCGCAGCAGAACCAGACGCAGACUCACCAUACAACUCAGCAGCCCUUCCUCAACCCGACCCUGCCCCCGGGGUACAGCUACACUGGGUUACCUUAUUAUGCUGGUGUGCCCGGCGUACCCAGUGCAUUCCAGUAUGGGCCAACCAUGUUUGUACCUCCAGCAUCUGCUAAACAGCAUGGAGUCAACCUGAACACAGCGUCGACUCCUUUCCAGCAAGCAAGUGGCUAUGGGCAGCACGGCUAUGGAGCAGCAGGCUAUGAUGACUUAACGCAGGGAACGGCAGCUGGAGAUUACAGCAAAGGAGGCUACAGUGGGUCAUCUCAAGCACAAAACAAAUCUGCUGGCACUGGACCUGGGAAAGGUGUUUCUGUGACCUCAAGUAACACAGGUGUGCCUGAUAUCAGUGGCUCAGUCUAUAACAAGACUCAGACGUUUGACAAGCAGGGAUUCCAUGCUGGCACGCCGCCUCCUUUCAGCCUGCCCUCUGCUCUUGGAUCGACUGGGCCCCUGAACCCUGGUGCUGCCCCAGGUUAUGCUCCAGCCCCAUUUCUCCAUAUCCUGCCUGCGCAUCAGCAGCCUCAUUCCCAGAUGCUGCAUCACCAUCUUCAGCAAGAUGGGCAGGGUGGAUCUGGCCAACGCAACCAACCCAGCACCAUGCAGCAAAAGUCUCAGGCUACCAAAACCGCCUAUGGCACUUCUCCAUACUGGACAAACUAAAUCUGAAACCGGGGAGGGAGGAGAGAAUGAAAGGAGAGGAGGAGAAAAUUAAAAAAAAAAAAAAAAAGAGAGAAAGAAAAAAAAGCGGAAGCCCAUUCCUGGAAUUAUUAGAAGUAACUGCUCAGCCAAACGUCUGUGCGGGGAGAACUGCAGCCAGCCAUCCAUCCUCUGUGUGACUCGCCCGCUUCCUCUUUGAGUUGCUGUUGUAUGUAAUAUAUUUAUGUAUGUAUUUGUAAAUGUAAUAGAGCCUAAAUGUGGUUUUCUGCA